AAAGAGGUAGUGAUGUUUUGGUGGUCUGUCAGACCGUGACCUCGAGUUUGUUGGUUAAAAUUUUAAAACGCCAGAUUGAAACAUGGAUGUUGAAAGCUUCUUGCCAGUUUGCACGUAUUCUGGCUUCGAAAUUUUCGUAAUCCGCUUCUCUGACCGUGAACUAAUAUACCAGUGUUUCUGAAUUCGCAUCUUCAAAAUGAGCAACAUCCCAGGCAGCAGUGCCAGGCAAAAUUCGGGGGAUAAUAUUUCUGAUGAUGAGGAGCAGGAUGAACCUUCACCAAAUAAUACUUCAGAUGUUGAAAAUGCAUUGGCCAGUUUCCGGGAGAAAUGGCAAAAAGAACUUAGGAUUGGUUGCCAGGAUGAGGCCAGAUUUGAGUCUGCAAAACAAUGUAAGGAAGAAGAUGUCACUGAAGAGCAGCAGGCAAGGAUUGCUUAUAUGCAAGGGGCUGAGCUGGAACGGUCUGGACAAUUGUAUGAAGCAAUACAGUGCUACAAACGAGCUGUACAACUGGUACCUGACAUUGAAUUUAGAAUAGAUGAUAUAAAUAUACCUUCUAUUAGACCUAAUGAAGAAGAAGUUGCUGAAGAUAUUAAAUUUGACGAAAUCCAGGAGAUUCAAACUGAUGAUGAGAAUGAUAAUGAAGUAGAGGAGAGACAAAUUCCUGAUGGAGCUCUAAUUAACUGGAUACAAAGGAAAGUGUUCAAAUCACAAGUACUGUGUUCACCCAAUUAUGAACAAAGAUCUACACACAUAUGCUCUCUUCCCAUGGAGAUAUUGCUAUAUAUACUGAAGUGGGUUGUUUCUGCUGAUCUGGAUAUGCGUUCAUUGGAGAUGGUAUCCAUGGUGUCUAGAGGAUUUUACCUGUGUGCUAGAGAUGAAGAGAUUUGGAAACUUGCCUGCUCAAGGGCCUGGGGUAUAAACUGCGGAAACCCAAUGAAUAUCUACUCUUCCUGGAGAGAAAUGUACGUCAAGCGAGCGCGCCUACACUUCAACGGAUGCUAUAUUAGCAAAACAACUUACUUGAGGCACGGUGAAAACAGUUUCCAAGACCAGUUUUACAGACCUUGGCAUCUAGUGGCCUACUACAGAUACCUGAGAUUUUUUCCCGACGGCUUAGUACUUAUGCUAACUACUCCCGAUGAGCCGGCUCAAUGUGUGACACAUCUUAAGACACGCAUUUCGAAAUUGCCAACGAUUCUGAAAGGUCAUUACCGCCUGAAGGAUGAUAAAGUGACCAUCGUUGUGCAACACCAGGAGGUAACUGUGCAAAGUUCCUUCAAGCGAGGCCGCAACAGGCGUAACGAUGUAAUGUUCGAGGGCGGCGAUAAGACGUUUCAUUUGGAGUUACAGAUUCAGAGUUACAACACGAAGAAACACAUUCAGCUAAUUUGGACGCACUACGCUAUUAUCACCAAGAAUCGCAACGGCACUGAAAGCAAGUCGUCAUUCGAACUUGUCAACAAUCGGUUCCCACCUCUAUGGUUCUCGCGCGUCAAGAGCUAUACGCAGGAAUCUUAUAGUCCUCUGCAGUAAAUAUUUUUAUUUCAUAAUAGAUGUUCCCCGAGAAUCAACUAUCGUUUGGACAGUUCAUGGUUGUGAUUAUAAAUGUGCAAUUGUAUUAAUUCGCUGUGUAUUUAGCCUGCUAUUGAUUACUGCUGUGCAACUGUGGUGUAUGUAAGCUCCAUAACAUUGUUGAUGCAUUUAAAUAUUGCGCAUUGCACAAGUCUAGUCUUUCGUUAACUUUCUAUUGAUUUUUAUUUCUCAAUAGUGAUAUUCAUGGCCUACGCAUUGAUAUUCCGAUAAGAUUGUUGUUAAUUGUCAAAGACUACACAGAGAAAAUUAAGUAAAUUCGGAAAUCGGUCCUAUUGAACCUACCAUUGAUAAUCGUGAAUUCCGCAAUAUAAAUCAGAACUGCGGUUUGAUUUCAUUUACAAUUAUUUUUUGCUCAUCGGUGAACUGUUUUUGAAACUCCUCGCUUCUGCUUCAGUGUAUGUAUCUAGUUAUUAAGAACUACUUACCCUCGACCGUUGCUCCUGAUAAAAUCUACAAUCAGUUCUUGCCCAAACUUAAGUCAAUCCUCAAAUGUAAACGAAUUAUUUCAAUUGUUUUAUUGAUAUUAAGAUAAAUAGAGAUAAA